GAAACACAUAUGUACCGUAUUAUAUCUCCAAGUGUGUGUAUAUAGACCAUCUUCCUCUCUCUCUAUUCUCAGCGAUAUGAAUGCCAAUCAUACAUAAGUAUUACUUGGUCUAAGGGACACAUUAUUAUUAGGUAAAAGGGAGGGCGCGAGGUGAGGCCAGGCAUGGGUGGCAACAGCAAUGUCAGAGCAGCGGCGGCAGGCAACGGGAGCGGCAGCGGGAAGCUGCUAGAGAUUCUGAACGUGAGGGUGGUGGGCGGUGGCGAGCGGGUGCUGGUGCUGUCGCACGGCUUCGGCACGGACCAGUCGGCGUGGAACCGCGUCCUCCCCUACUUCCAGCGCGACUACCGGGUCGUACUCUACGACCUGGUCUGCGCCGGCAGCGUCAACCCCGAUCACUUCGACUUCCGCCGCUACACCACCCUCGACGCCUACGUCGACGACCUCCUCGCCAUCCUUGACGCCCUCCGCGUCGACCGCUGCUUCUUCGUCGGUCACUCCGUCUCCGCCAUGAUCGGUAUCCUCGCCGCCAUCCGCCGCCCUGAGCUCUUCCUCAAGCUCAUCCUCGUUGGCGCCUCCCCCAGGUUCUUAAACGACAGAGACUACCACGGGGGAUUCGAGAGGGGUGAGAUCGAGAAAGUGUUCGCGGCGAUGGAGGCGAACUACGACGCGUGGGUGCGGGGGUUCGCGCCGCUGGCGGUGGGGGCUGACGUGCCCGCGGCUGUCCGGGAGUUCAGCCGAACGCUGUUCAACAUGCGGCCAGACAUCUCGCUGUUCGUGUCGCGGACGGUGUUCAACAGCGACCUCCGCGGCGUGCUUGGCCUCGUCCGCGCCCCCUGCGUCGUCAUCCAGACCGCCAAGGACGUCUCCGUUCCCGUCUCCGUCGCCGCCUACCUCAAGGCCCACCUGGGCGGCCGCACUACCGUCGAGCUCCUCCCCAUCGAGGGCCACCUCCCUCACCUCAGCGCCCCCGCCGCCCUCGUCCCGGUGCUCCGCCGCGCCCUCGCCUCUCACCGCUGACCGCCACCGCUGCCGAGGGAGCCCACCAUCUCCCGCUGCCCACUACAAUUGGAUCGAGUCCCGGUUUCAUGUAUGGCUUAUGACACGUGGACAUCAAAAUCUGGUCACUCGUCUCUAUCCAUCGAGGAUAGCCAAGUGAAUUCCACGUGGAGGUCACGUGAUCUCAUCUUCCUUGUUCUGUGUACCUACCUUUGUACCACGAAACUGUCAAAUAAAGUGGGCAAACGGGGCAAACGAAUCGAGGCUUUACGGUCCA